CCGGCAUGAAUCAAGUGUGAAACCAGUUCAGUGAGUUAUUUCUACUUCUGCUCUGUUCGUCCGGACUUUAACAAAAGAGAAGAAGAGUUUUUAUUGAGCUUUAAACUUGAACUCAACGGUCACGGUGAAGAGACGUGUGUGAAUUUCACUUCUGGAUCCACCACAGUCACUUUGAAAACAAUGUUCCUCGGUGCAGAGCUCUAGAUGUCCACUAUGAGUCUUCCCACCCUCACACUGACAGCUCUGUGCUUCCUGUGGCUCUGUCCCAGCAGCGGCAGGAGUUCAGCUUCAGCCCCAGAUCUGCAGGAGCAGCCCAAAAAGAUAGCUGUGGUCGGAGCAGGCAUCGGUGGCACGGCAGCAGCGUUUUACCUGCGGCAGGAGUUCGGAGCCGCGGUGAAGAUUGACGUGUUUGAAUCCGGCGUAGGCGGUGGGCCGCUGGCGACAGUGAGGAUCGGGGAUCACGAGUAUGAGAUGGGAGGUUUAAUGAUCCAUCCUUUAAACCUACACAUGAAGCACUUUGUGGAAAAAUUAGGUGUCCCUCCGAGGAAAGAGGUCUCGUCUAAAAUGGCGAUCUUUGACGGAAAGGAGCUGACGUUUGAAGAGAGCGACUGGUUCGUAAUUAAUUUCCUACGCAUGCUCUGGCGAUACGGCUUCAACAUGCUUCGGAUGCAGAUGUGGGUGGAGAGUAUUUUGGACAAAUUUAUGAGGAUCUACCAGUACCAGCAGUAUGGUUACUCAUUCUCCAGCGUGGAGAAACUCCUGCACGCCAUGGGCGGCGACAGUUUUCUCACCCUAAUGAAUCAGACGCUGGAGGAAACCAUGAGGAGUGAAGGAUUCUCACAGAUCUUCCUCAAUGAGGUCGUUGCACCCAUCACUCGUGUUAACUAUGGUCAAAGUGUCCGCAUCCACGGGUUUGCAGGGGCCUCGUCGUUAGCAGGAGCAGAUUCAGGUCAGUGGGCCGUGGAUGGAGGCAACAAGAAAGUUUGCUCAGGACUGUUGUACAACAGUAAGAGUGUUCUCAUCCCGGCCCGAGUGAUGUCCAUCUCAGUCAAAGUUCGACCUUCCAAGUCAGGCCCCACAGUCAGUUACUAUGAGGUCAGUUAUGUCGGGGAGUCGGGCUCCGCUCACUCUCUUUAUGACAUCGUGGUAAUAGCAACGCCGCUUCACCAGGGGGGGUCUGACAUCACCUUCUCAGGCUUCUCUCCUCCAAUCCCGUCUCACUACCCUGGGCGCUACCACCAGACGGUGUCCACUCUGGUCCACGGCCUGCUUAACAUGUCCUACCUCGGCACCACGGAGCCGCCCUCUGACUUCACUGUGUCUGACGUCCUCACCACCGACUCCAAGGGCUCGCUCAUCCACCGCCUGACCUCUCUCGACCCCGUGCACAUCCCUGAUGGCUACAAACGCCCCCCCGCCAGCCACGCCAAAGUCUGGAGGGUGUCAUCGCUGCAGCCGCUGACUCAGGAGCAUCUGCAGAACAUGUUCCUCUCAUGGGAUUCGGUGUCCGAGACCCGGAUGGCUUAUCCUGCGUACCGCCCACCGCAUCGGAGGACCCCCCCCUUCAUCCUGCACAACCGGCUGUACUACCUCAGCGCUGUGGAGUGGGCGGCGAGCACCAUGGAGAUGAGCGCCAUCUCCGCCAGGAACGUGGCCCUGCUGGCACACCACCGCUGGCAUAGCCAGGUCGACAAAAUCGACCAGGAGGACCUGCACACCCGACUUCGAGGGGAACUCUGAGAUGGGACCACUACUUGAGAUGAGAACAGAAAGCAAUAGAGUAGGGUAUGUAGAGAUGCUCAAGGGCAUGUCUGCUGCACUGUAAUCACUCCAGUCAGGGUGAACCCCAACGCUCCUUCAGGUGUCUGUGGUGCUCUGGCCUCCUUAAACUUAGAAUCUGGUUUGUUAAAACUUAAUUUCUAGAAAGUAAAGUACUGUUGCUGAGAUUUACAACAACAUCAGUCAAAAAAAACUGGCAAAAUUAGUUUUUUAUGUUAACAUUUGUUAAUUUUCAAGCAAAGACGCUCCAUAUUCAACGGUUUCAGCUGUAGACGGUUAAUAAAAUGGACAACGCGUCUCCACUCCCUCCCAUUGUCCGGAAAUGAAGCUAAAAUAUCCCUGAUAGGAGCACACUCGACCAAUCGGGAGUGAGUCUCAGCUCUCAGUCAAUUCGUCCUAUUUGAAUUAAAACAAGACUUACCAGAAACAUGAGCACUAGAACAAACAUCAGUAUGAUAAGAACUACCUUUUGGGAAUCAUGUUCCCAUCUUUAUGUUUGGUCUGUAGAAAGAGAACACUGUUGUUUACACUAAUUAGACUGUUUUUCUCUCUUUCUUUUGUGGACCAAUCAAUUGAUCAAGAAAAUAGUCUUCACAUGAAUCAAUAAUAUAUUAAUAGUUUUAUUAUAAUGAUAUAAUUGUCAGAUGACAUUGCUACAAGGCAACAAACCGGGAGGUGAUCAGAAAAGUUUUUAACAAUUGAUUCGCUUAUUUUGUGUAAAUCUAUAGGUGAAUUGAUAAUAAUCCUUAUUCCACAGGCAAACUGCUUCAUGCAGUAACUUCAAAUAGGAUGGUUUAAACCUGAACUGGUCUGUAACAUGACCACAUUGUUAAGAGUUCUAACAUUUCUUUUCCUAUUUGAAAUCAUUUUUAUUGAUGACUCUGCAUUCAAAGCAGUAAACUUAGUGCAAUGCUACUUUAACGACGUUGUAAUAAAUGGGAUAUGUUCUGUUAUAGCUCUUAUCAGCAGCCACAUCAUCACUGUCAGGGUUGAGACCUGAAGGCAUCACCAGCAACAACAGCACACGUCACAGUAAAAGGUGGAACUACGUUUGUACUGUGUUGAAAUGAGAAAUCACUGUGAACUACACGGCACUGCGUUCCUCAGUCUGUAUAUGAGUCUUGAACAAAUUUGUUGUUUGAUUUUUUAAAUACAUUUUGUAUGUCUUUUCCUUUUGUUAUAAACACGGCAAAGCUAAAAUCACACAAACCAACAACUGAUGCCCUUCAGCCAAAUUCAUGCACAGCCUUUUCUAAUAUGAUGCUGUCCCUUUAUUGAUGGAUUCAGAGGAUUUUCUGAGUCUGCAGCACACUACUGUAAAUGUUGUUAUAGUUCAGGCAGCUGUCAGCGAGAGAGGUUUACUACUAAGAUGUUUUCUCUGCAAAUAGGAUGAUGUUGAUGUAAAGUACUAACAAAUUCAUGUAUUUUCUUCAAUUCCUAAUCAUUGGAGACAGUCUAAUCGUACUGACCAAUUCAACUUCAUUGUGGUGCCUUAAAUUCAUCAAAGUAAUCGGCUUGUGUUUAUUUAAAAAGUGAAAAUUGCCGUCAGAGUUUAAAACUGAGGCUGAUGCCUUUCUGUAUUUUUGCUGUAACAAAUGGAAACGUGUUCUGUACCUGUGUCUAUGAUGUCACUUAAGGAAACUUUACCUAUGUGUUGUUUAGCUUCUUCGGGAAGGCCUCUACUGUUUGCUGAUUCUUUCUUAAGCACUUUUCAACGUGUAUUUUUCUAGAUGUUUUUUAAAGAAGUUCUUGGGUUGUGUUUAUGUGUCGUACUAUUGCAAGGUUAUUAAUCGUGCACUUUAUUUGAACCUGAAAUUGUCAAAGCCAUCUGCAAUUGCCAAAUAAAACCCAAAUUCUGCUGCACAAAUAAAAUUAUUCUUUCAAACAUUAAUUGAAACCUCCCUGAUCAUGCUGUAUGAUUUUAAAAGUGUUUACAAUCACAAUAAAGG